GGUAGCACUGCACCUUUAACCUGCCCUACUGGAGCUUAGUUUUUCUCUGUCUUUCCUGCCACCUUUCUGGGAUUGCCUCCCCCUGUCAGCACCGCUUUUUUUCCUCGAGCAGGUAAACUUUGCUCCUUUUUCUCUCAGUCGAGGUUCUCAAGCUGUCUACCUCCUGACUCUGGUGGCUUGCAUUUCUGCAAAGGAAAAAGAAACACAGCCCGGUGGUUCCUCUUUUUUUCUUCUGUUUCCUUCCUGGUUUACUGGAUUGAAUCUUGGUAGCUAAAGAAGGAAGCUAAUCGAGAAAGGACCCCCCACAGUGGCAGCCGGCCCAGCAAGGCAAGGAGCCAUGGGCACGUCGGAGGAGGAUUACAACUUUGUUUUUAAGGUGGUCUUGAUCGGAGAGUCUGGAGUUGGAAAGACCAACCUCCUUUCCCGUUUCACCCGCAACGAGUUCAACCAUGAUAGUCGCACCACUAUCGGAGUUGAGUUUUCUACCCGCACCGUUAUGGUGGGAGACGCCCUGGUGAAAGCACAGAUCUGGGACACGGCUGGGCUGGAGCGCUACCGCGCCAUCACUUCUGCCUACUACAGGGGAGCGGUGGGUGCCCUCUUGGUUUUUGACAUCACAAAGCACCAGACGUACGACGUGGUGGAGCGCUGGCUGAAGGAGCUGUAUGACCACGCCGAGGCCACCAUUGUUGUGAUGCUGGUCGGUAACAAGACAGAUCUGGCCCAAGCCCGGGAGGUUCCGACAGAGGAGGCCAAAAUGUAUGCAGAAAACAACGGCCUUCUCUUUGUGGAAACCUCAGCGCUGGACUCUACGAAUGUGGAACUGGCUUUUGAAACUGUUUUGAAAGUGUGGGCUCAAUGA